GGACUUGAUAUUCAAAACAUUUACUUUUCACUCUUUUGUUACUUAAAAUUUACGGAUAUGACCGAAGAAGAAAAAGUCUAGUUGGAGUUUAAAGGAAUCUACAUGGCAAGAUAAGUAACGCUUGGUGAGUGAGAUUUCACAAACCAAUAUUCGUUCCUACCAGAAAACUUGUACACAAACAUGUUUACGUGAUACUACUGUUCUUAUUAUGGCACGAGGGCAAAAGAUGAUACACAGUACGAUUUGUCGCUCUGUCACGUCAAUUCAGGGUGAUCUCUCGAGGUGGCAAGACGAACCGCUUAUUGUGCUCCAAUAUUUCGACGUUAACGGGUCUGAUAACGGCUUCCUAUAACUAACAGAUUAAGAAUCUCAAACGGGUACAGCCAUGGAAUUUCUAAAACUAUUAUUAAACAUCGAUUUGAUACUCAUCACCGCGAUGACCGUUUGUGCCACCAAAAAUUCCAAACUUAACAUGGCUUCCUCGCCGCACAACAUAGGAGGAAUUCGGUAUCACGUACGCUUAAUAACAGAUAUCCAGGAAAGCAAUGUUAAUUUUCACGGCGAGUGUAAUGUCAGUAUGGAAAUUCGUACGCUAAUAUACAGCAUAGAUGUGCACCUGUUAGACAUGAAUAUAGACGAAUCGGCGACGACGUUAAGUUCCGAUGCUGAAACCCACAGACCGAGUGAGUUUAUUUACGACAAGGAAAUGGGUUCAGUGCAUCUCUUUUUCGGCAACGGAAUAGCAGUCGGGAAUUACAUUCUAAGCGUAAGAUUCAGCAGGAAUUCGCCAAUAAACGAAAACCAUUUUAGCAGAAUAUCAUACACGAGCGUAGAGGGAGGAAGAGUGUGGUUGGGCGUGGUGCCGCUUGUACCCAUUUCGGUCACCGGAAGGCCCUUUCCGUGUUGGGACGAGUUGGCACUUAAACAACGUAUGAAAAUUUCUAUAAAGCAUAAUGAUACCUUCAAAGCAUUGUCCAAUUCGCCUGUGGAAGUGCGGUAUACGGACGAGGAUGGCAUGGUGUGGACAGAGUUCGACCUGACUCACGUAAUGUCCACUUGUCUUGUGGCGAUUGUGCUGACCGAUUUAACUCAGGUUUAUGAAAACAGCACAAUCACCAACGUUUGGGGCAGACCGCAUUUAACUCCGCAUAUGAGAUACGCGCAAAGUGUCGCCGACAAAGUCAGGGAGUACAUGGUCGAAUAUACGAAGAAGUCUAACAAUGGAGACCAAGUAUCCAAAAUACAUCACGUCGCAAUACCGAAUUUCGCACGCAGUGGAAUGUCAUUUUGGGGAUUAGCUCUCUACAACGAAUCAGACAUUACUUACAACAGUGAAAUAGAACCUCUGUUUCGUCAAAGAAAUGUGGCAAAAUUGAUAGCGCAUACAGUAUUGCAGCAAUGGUUCGGUGGUCUGGCUCCUCCGGCAUGGUUACCUUACACGUGGUUAAGCGAAGGAUUAAGUUCGUUCUUUCAGUCGUAUGUCCUCGACAAGAUUUAUGAAAACUCGCGAAUAAUAGAUUUCCUGGUAAUAGAGCAAUUACACACAUCUUUCGAUGAUGGUGUCGAAUACACAACGAAUUCUGUUGUACCACAGAUCUCAAACUUUUCUGAAAGAACCGUUACAUAUAGUUCUCUUUAUAAUAAAGCAUCCGCCUUAUUACGCAUGCUGCAACAUAUAAUUACUGACGAGGUGUUCAAAAAUGGUAUCAUCUUAUAUUUACAGAAGCAUCAGUUUAUAUCAGUAGCUUCCGAUGAUUUAUGGCUCGCCAUGCAAACAGCUGCUCUAAAGAGACCGGAUGUCUCAUACUUCCGAAAAUUCGAAAUAAAAGAAGUAAUGGAUACCUGGAUAAAGCAAACACACUAUCCUUUACUGACCGUGACACGAGAUUAUGAAACUGGGCACGUACUAGUUAUACAAGAACAUUUUGCUGGUCGACAGGUCAUCGAUGACUCAACCGCUAAUAGGUGGUGGAUACCUGUGACUUGGACUACACAAACAGAUUGCAAUUUCUCUAAUACUUUGCCCAUGGAUUGGUUAACCCCUGUGUUUACAGAGGUAAACUUUAAUAUUAAUGCAAAUGAUUGGAUCAUAGUUAAUGUGCAACAAACUGGAUAUUACCGUGUCGAUUACGAUACCAAAAAUUGGGAAAAAAUUGGAGAUUACUUAAAUUCUGAAAACUAUUCGAAGAUACACGUUCUCAAUCGUGCUCAAAUCAUCGAUGAUGUGUAUGCCCUUUUGAUUGUAAAACGUGUCAGUAUCUCUUUAUUCUUGAAAAUUACGAAUUACUUAUCGCGAGAGACAGAUUAUAUAGCAUGGCACCCAAUGUUCCGAAUCUUAUCAAAGUUGUUGAAGUAUUUUUCACUGCCGGAAAGUACAACAUUCAAGUUACGCAUGUCAGAACUGAUGGAUGGGCUUCUUAAAAGCGUAGGAUACGAGGAGCAACCCAACGAAGACGAUAUUUCACAACACAGAAGACUACAAGUAACAAAGUGGGCAUGUCUCGUUGGUAAUGCGGAGUGCAAAAGAAUGGCUACCGCUAAAUUGGAACACUAUCUCGCAGAUGUUAACGCUCAUAAAGUUCCGGCUUGGUGGCACAGCUGGAUGUAUUGUUUCGGAUUAAUGACAGCUAAUGAAGCUACGUGGAACAAAACAAUGAACUUGUAUAUACAAAAACGUGAUAAAAGUCUUUUACAGCAUUUGGCUUGCUCUGAAGAUUCCAAUAUUAUCAUUAAUUAUUUAAAUAUUAUAGUAACAAACAGUAUUGCAUUAAGACACGAAGAUUAUAUUUUUGCACUUGACUCCAUUAUUAUUAACCAUGCACGUAACGGUCAGGUGCUUAAGUAUAUAUUAACGAACUUCGAGAGAGUCAAACCCAAAUCAUAUACUACGGUCGCAAUGUUGGAAAAUCUUAUUUCAAACGUUCAUAGUAAACAGAAACUUGACAAGAUCGAACUUUCCGUUACCAAUAAUUUCUACAAAGAAAUUUCAGCAGAAAUUCUACCCAUUUUACACUCACGUGUACUUCUUCUUGACAACUUAGUAGAAAACUUUCCGGUGUAUUCCGGUGUAUAAACGAAGAGAAACCAGUUUGACUCAGUAUUUCGAACUACUCCAAAAUAACGUAUGCGAUGCAGGGAAAAUACGUUUAUUAAUUUUUACAUAAAGUUUAAUAUUAUUUUUACUUAUUAGUAUGUUUUUAAUUUUUUAACUAUUAAUACAAUUUCGAAUUUAUUGCACAAGAAAAAUGUAUGUAUGUAUGUCAUGUAUCGAGAAAUACUUGGUAUGCAUAUAAUUACUGCCUUCUGCGAUUGGUAGUAAAUAUUAUACAUGCGUUAUACUUCUCAUGCUAUCGUUCUACGUUAUAUAUUUGUAUUUAACUUUGUAGUUUUAGUGUAAAUAUUGAAUUCGAUUAUAUAAAAUUAACAAUUGUA